CGAUUCCUUCCAUUGCAUAUUAUAUUACCCGUACCGGUGGUUCGGAUCUCUCUCGACGACUACCAUGGCCUUUCCGGGACGCACGGAAGACGCCUUGUUUACGGCGGUGGCGGUGGGAGAUCACGUCCAACUGUCGAAUGUCGUGGCGGCGCACGCGCACCGUGCGUUGGGGAAUUUCCUCGCGAUGCGGCAACGUUGGAACGUCGGAGCGUGCACCUCACGAUCGACACGGAUGGAAGAAAAGGCGGACGAAUUCCAUCAGGUAGCGGCACCGUAUCCCUUCGCUUCUCCAUCCGACAGUCGCAUGGCUCAUUCGCCCCAGGCUUCCCACCAGGCCUGCAACGACUUGCUCCACGAGCUUGCCGCCUUUUUGACGAACCGCGUGGAGUCACGCUCCUCGUUCGGCGACUCGUCGUAUCGCCCGGAGCUCGAGCGCUUGGUACGGGACGCUUCGGCGAGUUUGACGGAGAUCCGUCCACCCGCCAACUUGGUCGUCUACGCCGACGGCACGACACACUGGGAACCCCCACCGGACGCCAUUGACGCUACCGUCGCUACGACGACACUACCGCACAACAAUCAUAUUCGAGCGUGGUGUUCGACGACACCCCCGGUCUUUGACGGGAGUGUGGCCAACGCCACGCCACCGCCGCUGGGCCACGGGAAUGGGCCGGCGGGAGGCGCCGGAACGAUCCUGCACUUGGCCUGUGCCGUCGACAACCCCUUGGCUCUCGCGUUUUUGCUCGCCAUCGGAGCCGACGCACGCUCCUCGCAUACGGCCUUUCGACGACUCGUUGUACACGAAGCGGCCUGCAACGGAUCCCUACAGUGUUUGACGCUGUUGCUCGAAACCGGACGCCGCUUGCGGGAAAUGAACGAACCCAAGCCCGCGCGGACGACCCACUCUUGCUCCCCCACGAGUGCGUCCGAAUUCAAUCUGCCCUAUUUGCCGCGCCGUGUGCAGCCCAACAUCGAAUCGACCACGGCGGUGGAUUCGAGUGAGACCGAUCCGUCUUGUUGGCGCCCGUACCGUGCCGAGUCAUCCAAACUCCAAUGCGAAAGCGAACCGGAACUCUGUCGGACGCGACCGUCACUCGAUUUCGUUUCUUUGUUGUGGUUGUUUCGUGACUGCGCGGAACAAGUCAAACGCGGGGAAAUUACUACACUGGACGCGGCCCGACAGGUUCUGGACUAUGGGUCUCUCUCCGGUGUUUCCAAGGCCUCCUUGGCACGCUCUUGUGCCUUGGGGAGUCACCUCCACGUUCGGAGUAUUGGUCGGCCCCCCGGAGGAACCGCCGACGGGCACGGCAACACACCAUUGCACUGGGCCGCCUUUAAAAACGAAACGGAAUGCGUCAACCUAUUGUUACGGUACGGAUCCGAUCCAAACGCCCGGGCUCAUCCAUCCGGAUGGACGCCACUGCACGAUGCCGCCUACAGCAACUCCAGAGAAUGCAUCGCCCUCCUCAUGGAUGCUGGUGCGCUGGUCGAUGCCCGCGCCAACAGUGGAGCCACGCCGUUGUGCUUUGCCGCCCAGGAAGACUCGGCCGAAGCCGCCGCUCUCCUAUUGCGGUACGGCUCCGAUCUGCAAACACGCUGUGCGGGAGGACCUGUACGGGAUGAUAAUACCAUUGGACCCGGGGGGAAUCCGUUGCAUCCGCAUAGUCGGUUCAGUGGAUACACACCCUUGCAUUAUUGUGCGCAUUACAACGCCCACGAGGCCGCUCGUGUAUUGCUCAAACAUCCAACUGCCUUGGCGGCCACGGAAAUGGCUGAUUUGAAUGAUCGUCUCCCGAUUCACGUAGCCGUGGCGCGAGGCAGUAGUGAUGUCUUGCGGGAAUUGCUACACGCCGGGGCGCGUGUAGAAACUCGAUCGCGAUCGUACUCCCAGGACUCGUAUUUAAACGACUUUGGACGUCCCGUCACUCCUAUACGGCUAGGGUCGACGGCACCGCCCGCGCCGGAACGCGUUGCGACUCCCCGACGUGCGCAGGGAGCGUCUCCGCGAGUGUCGACGCCCGUAUCCUCUCCAAUGCUGCGUUCCAUGAUUCCGUCGCAGCCCGUCAUGUCCGCGAAGCCUUGGAAUUGCCUGACGCAGCGCUCAAUCGAUGAAUGUAGGCAUCUGGUUGCCGAAGCAGAAAAGCAAUGGGCCCCGGAUCGACAUUUGUUGUUCACCCCGAACGAUCGACGAGCCGUCAUGCAACUUUUGCGUGUGGGGAAGCGGCUCGAAUUGGACGGUACCGGUAUAUUUAUCGACUUGUGGCCACAAGUACUGUCUUUUUGUGGUCGAGGCUGGUUCGAAAUAGAGGAAGUGUCCGCCAAGAGUGCAAUGUCGGAAGAAAUGGAGCCAGCCAAUGAUAAGGAUAGAGGCUUUGCGGAGGACAGCGACAGAUCUUUUUCACUAUCACGGUUUUAGACAUUGCAAAGCGUUACGAAGGCAAUGAGUCGCAUUUUGGCGU